AUGUCCGUCACUGUCACAAGUUUCUUGGAUAAUCCCCUGCUCAAGGUGAGUCGUCCAGUCGCCGCAUGCUCAAGAUGCCGGACCGCCAAGAUCAAAUGUGAUGGCAAGCUCCCCGCGUGUUCGGCUUGUGAAAGGGUCGGCAAGGCCAGCUCCUGCUCUGGCGCGAGCGAUGAAUUUGCCAAAGGGAAAGAGAGGAGUUAUGUCGCGUCAUUAGAGGGAUACUGCGAGAAACUCGAGAAAAAGAUCAGUCAGUUACGCGACCGGUCAACUACCCUGUCUGCGGAGGGAGAUGGAGUCGCCCGGGAGAUGUCAAUCACCUCAAUCUCAGCCGAAGGUCCAUUGGGCCCUGCCCACCGCAGGGAGGUGUCGGAUAUUGAUGAUUUAGUUGGCGAUUUUGGUUUCUUGUCGGUCAAUGCCACUUCGCGAGACUUCCACGGCAUCACCUCGAGCACUUCCUUCGCCAACCUCCUUCUCUCAGUCGCCCUAGCCGAUUCCUCCCCGCCUUCUCCUUCAUAUUCAUUGCCUGCGCGCCAUGAAGCCACCCCGUUGCUACAAUACUACUUCGAUAAUGUCUUUGUCCAGCUGCCGUUCUUUGUUGAAACGAGCUUCUGGACGUCGGUAGAUGCUGUGUACCAGUCCGGCGGCCGGUUCGCCAAACCUUUCGACCAUUGGAUGCUGCGCAUGGUUCUCGCCAUCGCCUCCGCAUCAGUGUCAUACCAUAACAAUGAUAAAAGCCACCAAAGGGCAUGGGCCCUUGUGUCAGAGGCCCUGACAUACGCCGAGGAAGUCCUUCGUCCCGGAUCAAUUGCUGGGAUCCAAGCGAUCCUAUUCCUUGCUCAAUAUUCUCUGGUCGACCCAGCACGCUUCCGGUGUUGGCAUCUGGUCGGAAUGGCUGUCAAGGUUGCGAUCGAUCUAGGAUUGCAUCAGGAUCCCCCUGCUGAGGUUACGACCAAUGCCGAUCGACUAGAUAUUCGCCGGCGUGUGUUCCAUUGCAUCUAUUGUCUAGACAGAGGACUGAGUACUACUAUGCGGAGAACGUUCUCGUUCUCCGAUGCAUCUGUGAAUGUUGCAUUGCCAUCGACCACCACAUCAUCAGGAUUCCCAAUAGAACAGGGCCACAUCUUCCUACGCAGUCCAGCACCUGCUUUACAUAUCGUUAAGAUCCGACAGAUCCUAUCUGCGGGCUAUCAAGAAAUGCAUUAUAAUGGGCGCGAUCCAUCUCCACAGCCACUGGUCCUCGUUUGGACAUUAUGCUGGCGAGCACGGGACUGGUUCGAUCAAUGCCCCAAGAAUACCCCCAACCACUUCUCCCUCUUAUACCGACUCGAAUUAUUAUAUACUAUCAUUAUUCUGCUAUCUCCUUCGCAUCGGAACCCAACACUUCACGGAUACAACAAGGCUCUCCUUUUCGACCGAUGCAUGGACUACAUCAGCCAAAUCCACCAGGUCCUGGAAAAUCCCAGUGCGCUGCCUUUCCUGACCUACCUGGAUAUCCAGCGCGUUCACCAAGUGGGUCGAUUAUUUGUCAAUGUUCUGUCCGACAGUUACGACCAACUCAUCAGCGCGACCGUUCCAGCACCCCCGUCCGUCCCCGCUGGAACCCCCGACCCGCCAGUACUUGCUGCACAGGAUUUGUUCAAUUGCCGUGCUCGUGCCAUUCGUUGUCUCUCCUACAUCCGUGACUUACUCAAAUUCUGUGCCAGGAAGUGGGACCUGCACGCACAUCUCGAACAAUUCGAGAUUGAGUCUGCAUCGGUCGAGAAAACUCUGAUGGAUGGCUCGGUAGGAUAUUUGUUGAACCAAGGGAUGUAUGCUCAAGACCCGUUAUCGGGGCUGCCGCUGGCCGGCGAUGCAUACUCGGGAUACCAUAUUGGGCUGUGA